AUGGCGUCCAGUGUUCAGUACACAAUCAACCUUGAUGUCGGCGAUGAGUUACCAGGAUCUGAUCAGAACUACCAUGAGGGAGAGAUGCUUUCUGAGGAAGAUGCAAGUCUUCCUUACCAAGAAGAUGAGGAACACAGCAACUGGGACCACGACACAGUAGAUGAACGAGAUCCAGAACGCGAUAUCGCGGGGGCUAGAUUGACAUUGGUGGACAGGAUAAACAGUGACACUCAAACGAAAUGGGAGAAUGAAGCAUCUUGGAACACACAACCGGGCUAUGAGGAGUACCGCACCGACAUCAAGGCUCUGCUUCGAAUCGAGCGGGACUGCCUCGCGAGCACGUCGUCGGACACAUCCCCUCCUAACUUUCUUCAGCAUGUGCUCGAACAGGAAAAUGCUCUAUCAUUCUACCCACAUUCUGUGAGACUGCAGAAGAUCAAAUUUCUCCUUAAGCUCAUCGUAGAGCUCGACCCAUCUCAGCUGAGCCCCAAGUAUGGUUUGCGCCCACUCCAUGCCGCCGUUGACGUCGACAUCAAAAUUUUCAAACAAGGCAAAUCGAGGGUGAAGCCUGAUAUAACUAUCUACAUGUGCCACCUGAUGAAGGACCAAGCAGCCGACGAAAUUUGCCGAAUGAACAAACAUAAUCAGAACAUCCUUCACCUUGCUAUAUUGCAUGAUCUCAGAGGUGUCGAGGAUCUGAUAAGAAAGGCCAAUCCGAAAGCUUUCACAACACAAAAGCGCUCCGAAGCGGCCGACGAUGGCAACACACCUCUUCAUGACGCCCUCGAAGCUAGGUACUUCAUCCGGCAAGUGGCUGCCUGCCCCAUACCUGCGGAAACGAGUUCUGCUUCAACGGCCGGAUCAGAUCUCAGGAGGCCGAGCAUCACGCAACGGCCUGUUACUACUGGCCAAGUCCCUAGCACCUCUACAUUUCACCCAGUGCAGCCAAAAUACGUCAGUAACCAAGUCAGGACACGAUCCGUCGUGGCGCCCGCGUUACAGGGCAAACAGCCACAAAGGUUGCGUGCCACUGCCUGCAAGAUCUGCGUGGACACCCGAACGCAAAAUGAUGCUGCAGUGAAGAAGAAGAAAGGCAUCAUUAAACUUCUUCUGGAACAGACAGGAGGAAAAAACGCCCUUACAAUUCACAAUUCGGCCGGACUGUCGCCGUAUCUCUAUCUUUACGCCUCUUACCGAAGUUGGGUCGAGCAACAACGUACAAAAAGCUCAUCUGCGGGGGACUCUCCGAGUACUCCACCUCCGCAGAUCAAUGUCAUGGCCGAGGAAGCGCCAGUGGAGAAACGGCCAGGAAAAGAAGGAAGCGAGCGCAAGAGCAAAAGUGCCAAUGAAAAGAACGACGACUCGGAGGCAAAAAGAAUUGAAGCAGAGGAAAAGGAGAAGAAGUUGAAAGCCCAACGGGUGGAUUCUUCGAGCCGAAGACACGGUGAGGGUGUCGUGAAAAGUGUUGGCCAGGGCAAUAAGAAUGCUGGAGGCAUCAGGGAGCCAGUGAGGAAUAAUUUCCAAGCUAGAUCACAUAUCAGAGCGGAACUGAGAGAAGAGGACAUCGGUUGCGAAGAUAUACUCAAACAACUGCGGGAAUUCUCCUUCCAAUUGGGUGGCUACAAGAAGGCGUGCGAGUGCUUAUUUCGCAACCAAACCCUUAAGGGGCACUCCCCAUUUGCCGGCGAGCUACGGUGGUUCAGUCUUGAGGGAACUCAGCGUGUCACGUCAAGCACAACCAAUGAUUUCGAUUUUUUGAAUUUCGAGCCCAUGAUGUCUUCAGUCGUCCUCAGCAUGGAGUACACACAGGAAAUGUUGGAGACUCUGCCGAACAUGGCACAAGACAAGAUCACAAUGUGGGCCCAAGACGAGGAAAACCUGAAGCAAGUGUUUGAGUGGUUAAAGGAGACAAAGGGAGUCAAAACUAUCCUAAGUCUUGUAGUCAAAGAUAAUCCUCAUCACUACUGCUCCGACAAUACAGUUGAGGAAUGCUUGAAGGGCCUCGAGGUCAUAUACUUGAACUGGAACCGACCAGAUCUUUGCGCCAACAAGUACACGCUGCCGCCAACUCUGGUUGAGAUUUCUCUGUAUUGGACUGGAUUGAACUCAGUACUAUGGAGUUGGUCUGAUACGGAAGGGCUUCGCACGUUAGCAAAGGGCACUGACCUGGAGAAUAAAUCGAGGAAGGCAAAGGUGGAUGCAUUUCAGGACCGUGUGAACAAAUGGGCGAAAAGGAAGCACUUCAAGUUCAUCGAGGUCCGCUAUGACGAUAUGGGAUACAAGGGCAGUGGCAAAACCGGUGGAUUGAAUAGCUUGUCAACUCGAAUUCAUCCAUGGCGAAGUGACGUGUCAGGAUUUCGAGACAAGCUCUUAACCCUCUGUUACGAUGAGAAAUCUCGUUCCAAUCGUCCAAUUCACGUCAAAGUCGCACUUCUUGACGAUGGAGUAGAUCCCACGUAUAAGAGAAAUGGCGAGUAUAUGCAUCAUACCGGGUGGCCGCCUGUGGAUUCAGGAGAGCCGGAAGAAGGGUCGGGGAGUUUCUAUGUGUCCACCAACCAGCAUGGCAGCAAGAUGGCAUGGUUGAUACGUCAGGUCUGCCCAUACGUCACCAUCUAUGUGGCCAAACUUGAUGUCAACAUUGGCGAAGGCCUAAGACAGCGGUCUUUCAGUCUGCGUCAGGCCACAAAGGCCAUCAAUUGGGCCAAAGACCAGAAGGUAGACAUAAUUUCGAUGAGCUGGAACGCACGCCGUGUCUCCCCAGCGACCGGGAUCGCGAACGACUCUGAUAUUCACGAUCUUGAGCAGGCUAUUGCUGGUGCGCACGCCGCGAAUAUUCUCAUGUUUGGGGCGGCGUGCGAUGUGAAACAAAGUUCGUCAUCAGACGAAUGGAUACCAUGCGACAACUCAAAAGUGUUCAGUAUCGGCGCCACCGACACGGAAUUCGACGUGAAGAAAUAUGUGGACAUGACCAAAACUGUCAAUUUCCUCUUUCCCGGCGAGUAUGUCCUUGGCCAGUCCGAGGAGGCUGAGGUGGGAAACUCAGGCGCGACGGCUCUGGCUACAGGGCUUGCUGCCUUGGUCCUCUUUUGCAUGCUUUUUGAGCAUGAACCUCUUCCGGCCAACAGGCACGCUUGGAUGAACAACAUCUUCUCCAAGGUGUUUGAUGGUGAGACCAACAAAAAGGUGGUACAUGUGAAGAAAGUGCUGCGCAUGGACGAUGAAGGGAGCCUACGGCUUCUUGUGCAGAAGUUUGUUUCCCAAAAGGAUUGA